CCCCUCUCCGCUUCGCACACCCCCGGCUCGCCACCCUCUCUUCCCCUUCCGCAUUCACGCCAUCCAUGUAAAGAAACAGUAAUCAAUCGCUCAAGAAACGAAAACGGAAGUUCCAUCUCUUCUCCUCUCGAGCGUCGAUAUAUUAUCUUAUUUCAUCAAAAAUAAAUCCAUCUCUCGUUUGUUUAUAAAUUGAAUCGAUCAGCCGCUGCGGUUUUUAGGGUUUUGCUUCUAGGGCUUUCGGAGAGGCGAGGCCCGCCAUGGACGACCUCGAGAAGGCCAUCCUCUUAAUCUACCAGCCGGGCGCCGCCGACCCGGGCCUUCGUGCCCAAGCCAUGGCCUUCUGCGAACAGGCCAAGACCGACCCCUCCGCCCUCCUCCGCCUCUGCCUCGACCGCCUCCACCGCUCACCCCUCGUCCCCGUCCAGUUCUGGUGCCUCCAAGCCCUCCACGACGCCAUCCUCCUCCGCUAUCCUUCCCUGCCCGCCGACCUCCCCCUCCUCCGCUCCUCCCUCCUCUCCCUCGCCUCCGACCACCCCCUUCCCCCUUCCUCCCCUCCUUUCCUCCGCAACAAGCUCGCCCAGGCCAUCGCCGCCCUCAUCCGCAUCGAGUACCCCGCCCUCUGGCCCUCCCUCUUCCUCCAGCUUCUUCCUCGCCUCCCCUCCGCUGGCUCCCUCGCCGUCGACAUGUUCGCCCGCCUCCUCGUGGUCCUCGACGACGACCUCCUCAGCCAGGACUACCCCCGCUCGCCCGACGAGGCCGCCGCCGCCUCCCGCGUCAAGGACUCCAUGCGCCUCCAGUGCGUUCCCCAGAUCGCUCGCCACUGGUUCGACGCCGUUUCCCUCUACCGCUCCUCCGACCCCGCCCUCGCCGCUGCCGCCCUCGACACCAUGAGGCGGUACGUCCCCUGGAUCGACAUCACCCUCGUCGUCAAUGACGCUUUCUUCCCCCUUCUCUUCGAUCUCAUUCUCGCUCCUGGCUCCCCGGAGCAGCUGAGGUCUGCAGCCGCUGGUUGCGUCCUUGCCAUCGUCUCAAAGAGAAUGGACCCCCGCCCGAAGCUUGCCUUUCUCCGCAGUCUCCGAGUGAGCCAGGUGUUUGCUAACCCUGAUCUCGUUCUAAAGCUUGCGACUUUGAUAACUCGCUAUGCGUCCGAGGCUCUGGAAUGCCACAAAAAGUUGGGUUCGGAGGAAAUCGAGAGGUCUUCCUCAUUGGAGCUCCUUGAGGAGGCCUUGCCGUCGGUGUUCUACGUGAUGCGAAACUGCGAUGAAGUGGAUUCCGGCAAUGUGGUGGACUUCCUGUCGGACUAUGUGUCUACCAUGAAGUCACCAUCACAGAAAGAGGUAGUCUACCUGGGACAGAUAUUAGAAGUGAUUCGAGUGCAGAUACGCUAUGAUCCGGCCUACAGAAGCAAUCUUGACAUCCCUGAUAAGAUUGGGAGGGACGAGGAGGACCAGAUGGGCGAGCGCCGGAAGGAGCUGUUCACACUCUUCCGUAGUGUGUGCAGAGUAGCGCCCGAUGUUACACAAUUGUUUAUCAGGAAUCUGUUAGUUAAUGUUCUCCCCUCUUCAGAAAUGAAUGUGGAGGAAGUAGAAGCUGCACUGACCUUGUUCUACCGGUAUGGUGAGACGGUGAGUGACGAAGUAAUGAGGACAGGUGGUGGGUUGCUGAGGGAGUUGAUCCUGAUGCUUCUAUCAGCACGGUUCUCGUGCCAUUCGCAUCGCAUGGUGGCACUCGUUUAUUUGGAGACGGUUGCCAGGUACAUGAAGUUUGUGCAUGAGAAUGUUCAGUACAUACCUCAUGUGCUGGCUGCUUUUCUGGAUGAGAGGGGAAUACACCAUCAGAACCUCAAUGUGAGCCAACGAGCUAGUUAUCUAUUCAUGAGAGCCGUGAAGUUACUGAAAGCAAAGCUUGUCCCAUAUUUAGAUAAAAUUCUGCAGAGCCUGGAAGAUACGGUAGCUCGGUUUACAAGUGUAGAUUGGACGUCCAAAGAGCUGAAGUGCUCUGGUUCUGAAGAUGGUAGUCAGACAUUUGAGGCAAUUGGACUAUUGAUUGGCAUGGAAGAUGUGUUACCUGAACAGCAAUCUGAGUACUUGGCAGCAUUGCUCAAUCCUCUUUGUCAACAGGUUCAAGCAUUGCUUUUGGAUGCCAAAGUACAGAUGCUAGAAGAAUCUUCGGCAAAAGUUAUGAUGCUUCAGCAGAUUAUUGUGGCACUGAACGCUCUUAGCAAGGGAUUUAAUGAGCGGCUAGUUUCUGGUAGUCGUCCAGCAAUCGGCAUUAUGUUUAAGCAGAUGCUGGAAGUGGUUUUGCAAAUCCUUGUCACAUUUCCAAAUAUCAAACCUUUACGGAAAAAGAUUACCUCCUUUCUUCAUCGCAUGGUUGACGUUUUAGGAGUAUCUAUAUUUCCAUGCCUUCCUACGGCAUUGAAACAGUUGCUUGUGGAGAAUGAGCCAAAAGAUAUGGUGGAUUUUCUUGUAUUAAUCAAUCAAUUGAUAUGCAAAUUUAAUACCUCCAUGGGGUGCUUAUUGGAGGUGAUAUUUCCAGCUAUUGCAAGUAGAUUAUCUGCUAUUCUUUCAAGUGAUGCAUUUCCGUCAGGAUCUAGAGCCAAUACUGAGGAAUUACGUGAACUGCAAGAACUGCAGCGAACAUUAUAUACAUUUCUGCAUGUUAUGGCGACCCACGAUCUUUCUUCAGUUUUUCUUGCACCAAGUUGUAAGGUGUAUUUGGAUGCUAUUAUGCAUGUGCUCUUGUUAACUUCUUGCAGUCAUAAGGAUAUGCUUCUUAGGAAGCUGUGCGUGCAAAUUUUUGUAAAACUUAUUAAGGAUUGGUGCACCAACUUUAGUGGCGAAGAUAAGGUUUCUGGUUUCCGGAGCUUUAUAAUUGAGAAAUUUGCAACUGAAUGCUGCUUAUAUAGUGUUCUGGACAAGUCAUUUGACUUCCAUGAUGCAAAUACUCUUGUUCUUUUUGGAGAAAUUGUACUGGCUCAGAAGGUCAUGUAUGAGAAGUUUGGGGAUGAUUUCAUUAUUCAUUUUCUGUCGAAAGGUCUUCCAGCAGAUCAUUGUCCACGAGAUUUGGCAGAACAAUACUAUCAAAAGCUGCAGGGAAAUGACAUCAAGACUCUGAAAUCCUUUUAUAAAUCUCUAAUUGAGAAUUUGAGACAGCAUCAGAAUGGAAGUCUUGUUUUCAGAUAGCAUCAUGGUAUAUCGUUGUAUCCAUAGGAGUUACUGUGAUCUUAGAGUAGUUCUCUAAAUUUCUUCAGGGAGUGACUUGUUUGUCAAGUGCAGGGCAAUUUUUCUGUGUACAUGAUGCAGCAAUAUUCUUUGAGAUGUAUAUUUGCGGGGUUGCGUUCUUUCAAUAGGCAAUAUAACUUUCUGUCAGGUUGGUGCUCCGUGAGUGUAAAUUUGGGAUGCAAGGAGCAAUGCUGUAUAUUUCUUCCAUCCUCCAUGAGGAACCAAUUGAUUUUGUAUACUUUAUCUCUUUUAUUUUGCAAUUUUCAAGCCAAUUCUGUUUCAUAAGUUCAGAGUUUCAGAGAGCCAGAAAUAUUAGUUACUAGAAUAUGGAGUCUGCGAAGACAACAGAAGAAGAGGAAAGAUUUUGCCCUCGUCUGGCUGGCAGUCUGUGCCUCUAUGGGUUGAUCCUUGCAUCUCAGGAUCAUUAUCCAAGAAUUCCUACAAAUUCCCAAACAUAAUGGGUGGUGAUUUUUUUAGUUGCAUGAUGUGGAUUCAUUGUAUAAGUGAAUGGUGGAGAUUUUUUUGAUUAAUACAUCUUUUCUUUGUUGAUGCUACAUUGGAUGGGCACCCCAUGAAUGUAUUUCAAGUCAUGCCUCAAUUUUCUA